AGGCGAUUUUGUCCGUAUCCGUCGGAGUUGAUAACUCUAGCUUCUACAAAACGAUCUACAAGGGAACAAGUAAAUACAAAGGUAUGAUUGAGGACUGUUGCUGUGAUUAUGAAAUAGUGGACAAUCUCAAUAAUGAGUUUUUGAAUCCUUUGCUUCAAAGAUCUCGUCACAACACCAUUUUCUCGGUUAAACUGUGGUGUGACUGCCCAUUCUGGCCAGACGAUGGAAUGUGUCGUUUGCGUGAUUGUAGUGUCUGUGAAUGUCCAGAGAAUGAGUUUCCAGAACCAUUUAAAAAGCCAUUUGUCCCAGGUCUUCCUUCUGAUGAUUUCACGUGUCAAGAGGGAAAACCUCAGGGAGCUGUUGACCGAACUAUAGAUAACAGAGUAUUCAGAGAUUUAUCUGGAGAGACAUGUCCAGAGAAAAAGGUUUUGUACAAAUUGAUAUCCGGUCUUCAUUCUUCGAUCUCGAUGCACAUAGCAGCAGAAUAUCUCCUUGAUGAGUCAAGAAACCAGUGGGGACAAAAUAUUGAACUGAUGUAUGAUCGAAUUCUGAGACAUUCGGAUCGUGUCAGAAAUAUGUACUUCACGUAUCUCUUUGUGGUACGUGCUGUAACUAAAGCAACAUCAUACUUGGAGCAGGCAGAGUAUGACACAGGAAACCAUGCUGAAGAUCUGAAAACACAGUCCUUGAUCAAACAUGCACUGAUGGAUUGCGUAGCUUGUCAAAAAUGCCGGCUUUGGGAGAAGCUUCAGCUGCAACUACAACGGAACGAGGUGAUUGCACUGGUGAAUUUGCUCAACCAUCUCUCUGAGUCGGUUAAGAUGGUCCAUGAUAUGGGACCUGAUGUGGAGGGGCUAAUGGAGGAUCAGAUAGCCAAAGUUUCAGCUAAACCCGGAAGAUUAAGAAGAAUAUGGGAUUUAGCUGUCUCCCUGUGUUGUAGCGAGGAAGAGGUUGAGAGGUCGAGAGUGGCGGUGGGAUGGCCUGAAGAAGACGGGGUUGAAGAUAUUUGGAAGAAAUGAAAUUAAUUUUUUGGCUUGAUGUUAUUCCCGGAGAAAGAAUUGAGUGGCAGAGAUCGAUAAUAAGCAUGAUUGUUAAGG